AUGUUUAGUAAGUUGAAACUGAAAGUUUCAGGUUCAAACUCAAAUACCCCAUCUACUUCAGAAACAUCGUCACUUAAAGCCACAUCUUCACCUGAGUCUUCAACUAGUAAUGACACAGUUACAGCUAAUGGCAAGUCUAAAUCAAAAGAACUGGUAAAUGUUGGCCCACCACGAUAUAUCCCAUUUGACAGCCCAUCCUCAGAAUCCCAUAUCCCAAAGGAACACAAACUCACACAAGAUGAACAGGCAAAAUAUUCCAAAGUAUUGAAACAUUUCCAAACCCCGGAUUUGACCAUUGCUGAUAGUGAAGAGCAUCAUAAACACAAAAAUACCGCUAAUGCCGCCGCAGAUGCAUCAUCGCCAUUGACAAUUGAGGAAAAAUCAUGGUUAACCAGAGAAUGCUUUUUACGGUACUUGAGAGCAACUAAAUGGCAUGUCGAUGAAGCCAUAGAUCGAAUUGAGUUGACAUUGGCUUGGAGAAGAGAAUUUGGUAUUAACCACAUCUUGGAAAAGGAUAAUGUUGUCAAUGGUGAAUUGACUAGCCCUGAAAAUGAAACGGGUAAAGAAGUAAUAUUGGGAUAUGACAAUGACUCAAGACCUUGCUUGUAUUUAAAACCAGGUCGUCAAAAUACCAAAACCAGUCAACGCCAAGUGCAACAUUUAGUAUACAUGUUGGAAAAAGUCAUUGAUUAUAUGCCAUCAGGUCAAGAUUCAUUAGCUUUAUUAAUUGACUUCAAAGCACACCCUGUAGGCACUCAGGGCGGUAAAAUCCCGCCUGUUGGGGUAGGUAGACAAGUUUUGCAUAUUUUACAAACCCAUUACCCUGAGAGAUUGGGUAAGGCAUUGUUGACAAAUAUUCCUUGGUUAGGUUGGACAUUUCUUAAGAUUAUUCACCCUUUCAUUGACCCCUUGACUAGAGAAAAAUUGGUUUUUGAUCAACCAUUUAUUAACUAUGUGCCUAAACUGCAACUAGAUAAAGAUUUCCAAGGUGAUGUCAAUUUCAUUUAUGAACAUGAUAAAUAUUGGCCCAAAAUGAUUGAAAUUGGUGAGGAAAAGAAAAAGAGGUAUUUUGAACGAUUCGAAAAGUUUGGUGCAUGUGUUGGGUUAAGUGAAGUUGAUUUAAGAGGCGACAAUGAAGAAUUGUUUCAUCCUGUAGAAACCAUUUAG